CAGGGGCAACACAAGCACAAGGCGACGCUGGUGGGCAAAGUCACCAUUAGCUUAAGUUUUUAACUAGCGUUAAUUAGAUUUUUGUCUUGAUAACGUUCAGACUAUUUUCAAUGCUCUAUGUUCUUUUCAAUGUAGAUAAUCGUCACUGAUUGAAAAUGCCACCAAAGCCAGCUAAAAAGGGAUCAACCAAAAAGCCCAAUGCUACUGGAAGCGCAGUUGUCAACAAGAACUGGGAGACUGGUCUCACCAGAGCACAGUUUGAAGAGGAGUCAUGGCAGGCCUGCGUGUCUUUGGUAGUUGGGAGAAGUCCAGAGGAUGAGGAACUGAUCCGGGCUUUGGCUUUGGCCGUACAGCAACCAUUGCGCAAACUUUUCAACUUGUUGACCUGGGACAGCACCCUUGCAAAGAUCCAUGAAUUGGGGAAUCCCAAAGCAAAAAAACUUGAUGAUGUCCCCACGUUCUAUGAGGUUACAGAGCCUGCGAAGGCACUGCUGGAUGCAGGAGAGGAGAUUCCCUGUGACCUGAUGGCAAAAAUACUGAAGUUCCAGCUGCUACAGAUCAAAGCCAAUGAUCAGCAGAGGAGAGAAGCCGAGCAGGCUGAGGAGGAGAUGGCAAAUGCUGGGCCUCCCUCUGCCAGCAAGGACAAAGGAGGGGCCAAGGUCUCUGACAAAAAGGGGAAGAGUCCGCCCUCACCUGUGGGACCUUCUAAGGAGAAGAAGACCAAGCUCAGACGCAGGGAUGAUGUUGAGCCACCAAUAUUCAUAGAUGAUGAACCAGAGGAUGGUCCUCAACACUACAUCCUGGUGUUGGGCUUCUACCAGCCCCAACUGAUUGGGGCGCUUGAUGCCAUAGGUGUGCAUGUAGCCAAUGUCAUCGAAUUGUGUUCGGAGCACACACAAAGGUCUGAUGAGCAGCAGGAACAACACACCUGUGAGGGCAAUGAGCAGAGUCUGAGAGCUUCUCCAGCUUUGGAUGCAGAGGUUCAUGGUGGUGUAGAGCUGGCUGUACAGGCCAGGAAGUUGGAUCUGUUCUGGUCAGGUCUGAGACCAGUUUUGGACAGUGGGCCACCAGAGUCCAAACUCCAUGAUGUGGUUCAGCUCAGCUACACUGUCCCGGAUCUCUUGCCUCCUUUCCACACACAGGACCCUAAGGCUGAGCCGGGGAUGGGAAGCCAGAUCUUUGAGGGUGUGGUCAAUCUCAUCUAUGACUGUCUGGACUGGCGCAGGCAACAUCAGCACUACCUAGACAACAUCAAACUCAUCAGUGUACCCGCUGUUGUUGGGUUGGAUCCACAGCCUGCACAGGCUGUGCCGACCCCUCUCCCCAUGACUCCACACCCCAAGAAGAAAUCAGCGCAAGAGGAAAGCCCACCAGACGAAGAGAGCGAACAGCCUCCUCUCUCUACAGAUGUGGACAUGCGUUACUAUAGCAACCUACUCGACCAGGUUCCCCCUGAAGCCUGCUCUGUGCCUCUAAUCUUGCACUGUAUGCUGGAACAGGUGGUAAUUUCAACAGAAAAGUCUUUGUCCACCCCAUCCCAUGUGGCUGAGGAACCCAAACCUCACAAUGGUCCCGGGUUAGACUAUCAGCUGGUCAGCUUGAUGCUCCAACGCUUCCUGCCUCUGGUACACACAAAAGAGGAGAGAAGCCACAUGAUAAAUAGCUUGCUGACUACAGCACAGAAUGAAGAAGAUAAGAAGAGGCUAGUGGUGACGUUUGGAGCAGAGGAGAUUCAGAAGAAGUCUGAGCACCCUCUGGUUAUCAGACACCAUAAUGAGAGGGCACAGCGCUUGAGGGAUAUCAGUGCGGCUCAGGGUUUUGAUCCAGCAGAGGUGGAGUUGUCCAUGAUGAGGCUGUCUCCAGUGUGGGAGCUGAUCCACUCUGUAGCUCAGCAGAGAAACAGCAACUCCUGCUGGAUGGCAAUCAAACAGCAGCUACAACACUACUGCGCAGAUGGUCAGAAACCAGUUACCUGUCAGAGGCACCCACCUUUCCUCAAUGUUGUGACAUGGCUGGAGGUGGAGCGUUUGUUUCAUCAGAGUGUGUUUGAGAGUAUGCCACUGACCAAGCUGGACCAAAAGGGUGUACUACUGAAUGCUCCUGGACCACUGGGAAUACUAGAACCAGCACAGCAACAGACACCCACAAUAAUCCCCUGGGACAACCCACUAUCCUACGCUAAACAGCAGCUUAAUAACCUACGGACUAAAGGUCUGACAUUUCUCACUGAAGAUCCUAGUAACACAGAGAUCAGUGGGAGAGUGUGUAGCCAGCUGGACUUAUCUGACAUUCAGAGUUGUAGGUUGAGAUCUCUGUUUGACUGGCACUGUGCUGAACACCACAACGCCUCAAUCUUCCCACAGGUGCUCCAGUUAGCCUCAGAAGAAUACCGCUGCUUGGACACCUUCAGAGGAAGUCAUAACAACAUCCUGUACAUUUUUUGUCACAAUCCAAUGAGCCCUUAUCGCCAGUGCAAGAAGUUCUGGGAUGUAGCCCUUCACACUGAUGUCAAGUUCAGGAAGUACCUGGAGCAUGUGGCAGAUACUAUUUCGGAUUGGACAAAAGAGGAAGAAUUAAAGAGAGAGGCAAUGCAAAUCAGAAAUCUCAGCCCUGCUAAGUGUCUAAAAGAUGAAAAGGCUACAGAUUCUGCAGAGGAGGAGGACACUCUGGAGCCAGUCAUCAGAAAAGACUCUCUUAAAGCCUGGAAGUUGGAGCAGGAGCGGCUAAAGGAGGAAGAGAUGGCCAAGAAAUCAAAAAAAGAGAAUACACCGAAAGGCAAGCAGCAGAAGGAGGAGGCUAGGUCACCAGGCAACAAGAAAAGUAAACCUUUGUCUAGUGGCAAGAAGAGCAGAGCAGAGACAGCAGGCAGCUCAGCCAAGACUCCCACAGAGGAACCCUUCAAUGGUUUCACGGGAUACGGCAUGGAUGGAAAGUUGAUCCAUGUGUCAGGUCGUCUCCAGUACCUUUUCCCUUCAGAUGGAGGGCACAUCACUGUGGAGAAUGUCAGCUAUGUUGAAGGUUCCAGCCUGAUGAAACUGGCUGUGAAGAAGGAUGGGCAUCACUUCUACACACACAUCAACCAAGUUGUUGUUGAUCCUCCAAAACCUCCCCCUCAGCCCCAAGACAAAGAACCCAAUGGCAAAAAAGAAGAUUUUAAAGUGUCAGAGCCUGUGGAGAUGAAAAGAGUGAAGCAGGGCUCCCUCUCAGCAGUGUUAAACAAUGGAAUCCAUCUCUCAUACAGUUUCUAUGGACCCACAGGAGAAUACAUAGUGAGUCCCCAGGAAACAGAAGGAGGGGCACCAGAGACCUCCACCUUUGUCCCCAUCCCUCUCUCCUCCUCCACCCACCGCUCCAAGUGGACAGACCUGGAUUCAAUUCCUUCCAAGACACACAGCCCUGCCAGCUACACCAGACCUCCAGAGUCCCAGUCUAAUGUGUGUGAAGGCCAGCCAGCAUUGCCAUCAAGUCCAUUCAAGAGUCUCAACCUGUCUGUUCCUAAUGGCCUACUGCUGCAAUUUCUGCGAGAGGAUACACAAGGAGUGUCCUCAGAAGAGCAGGGCAUGUUGGUGAAACAGGGCUUUCCUCUUCAUGGCAGAGGAGUUGUAUGGCAGCUUCAGGACCCUUGCCUCUCCAAAGAACUGUCCCGCAUUGUCACCAGCCAGGGAGCUGUGAUCCGAUACAUGAGAGACGGGUCCACAGAGGUUCUGUUUGCAGAUGGCUCAGUCAGUUUCAGCCAGGAUUCUGGUCCAGUGUGGGUUCCUGACUCUGAGGUUGAGGAGGAAAACACCUCUGAAGAAACUGAGGACAACAAGAAAGAACACAGCUCAGAGAAGGAGGCUGACGCUCAGAGAGGGUGUUGGUUAACCACAACUCCAUCUGGAGCUCGCAUCUACACUGUGGGGACCACACACAAACACAUACCCACUGCACCUCUUCUCGCCUUCAAGGCUACAGACCCCAUCACCCAUGAGGUGAUGCUGAGCCGGGAGGAUCUGAUGGUUUCUGUCCAAAACCCAGACGGAUCUCUAAGUGUAGAACACGCAGAUGGAACUAGGAUCACUCGUCUCUACCAAGACAGACCACCAAACACACCGCAGCACAUACCGCUGCACACAGAGGAGCAGCCUGAGAGUGUGACCCUUAAAUCAGCUUCUGAAUGUGCAUGCGGCUGCACUGAGUGUGUGUGUGUCAUGUGCUGUGCGGACAGCAUUAAUGAGAAUGUGCACAUCCAGGACACUUGUGACAGUGGAGAAGAUAUUAGCAGGGACAGUGCAGGGAAAGCGUGUGACAUGGAGGGUGCUGGACAUGCUUGUACAAAGUUGAGUGAGUGUGAGCAUGUGUGCGACGAAAGGGAAAGUAGUGUGUAUGCAGAAGAGACUGUGGCUGAGAAUGGUAAGAGGAGUGCAUGUGAGAGCGAUAAGGGGAGUGUGUCUUCCAAAGAGCGGGUGGUAUUGGUGGAGAAGGAGGGCUGCGCCACAGUGGUGAUGUACCCAGAGCAACACACGGCUCACGUCUUUUUAGCCGAUGGAACUGUCAUCACUGGGAACAGCCAAGGAGCCUAUCAGGUGUUCCCAUCCAGUGUGGGGCUCCUGCAGAUCCAAAGUGAUGGGAAGUGUGUGUACUCGUCUGACCCACUUCUAACCCCCAGUCCAAAGGGUGGCACUCCUGCAAAGCAACCAGGAAGCUACGUCAUGAGUCAUACAGACAAAGUGGCAUGUGACAUUACAGACCCCGAUGGAAACCACUUCCAGGUGAUGGAAGAUGGGCAGUUAUCAGUAUUGGACUUCAGCCCUGCUCCAAGCACACUUAAACAGGACGAGGAGGAGCCAGAGGAGAAGGAGGAAGAGGAGGAGGACAGAGAAAUCGCCAGGAUUAAUAUAAAGCACAGAGAACAUUGUCCCAGGCUGUUUCUGGUGCAUGAGGAUGGUUCAGGUACUGAGCUACUGAGCUCUCAAAGCGUAGAGGAACUACUCUACCAGGCAUACUCUGACCCUACCAUAGCACUGCAGAGGGAACCACUGCCUGACACACAAGAUGAGUUCGGCAUUACCAUCCUAAAGCCCGGCCACCAGAGUGUGUGGUCCCAGUGGUUGCUAGGGAAACAGAACCCUGACAUCACCCCUCCCAACCUCAGAAACCGCAGCUGGCAUGACUUCCCCAGAAUAGAGGUACAGAAGAAGAGCCCAGGUCCUCCAUUUGGUACUGACAUGGGACGAGGUUUGACUCUGAGAGAGCGCUCUGGUGGUUCUGCAGCACAGUGUCAACCUGUCAGGAGCUGUCCUAAAGUCCUGGAGAUGAGGGAACUAUACCAGCACCGACCAUUCACCACACCACUCAAAAAUACUGUAGACACACGACUGAAGACAUACAUAGAGAGUUUGAUGGAGAAGGAGCAGCGAUCAGAGGAGAUAAAAGUUAAAGACCCUCGUACUGAGGAGGAGAGUGUUCGUGCCAGUGUUCUGCUCAACCUGGUCCUGUCUUUUGCAGAAGAAGAGGCUGCAGGUCACACCUUUGACAAGAGGACUUCAGCGGACAUAGCCAAUCUGUACACCCAAGGAGUUGGAACCCCAAUGGAGCAGUCGGAUGUUUCAGAAGACACAGCCACAGUAGCUAGUGACAGGUUGGAGAGAUUAAAAUGUUAUGCUAAUGAAAAGGAGUCAAAAUGGACUGAAAGACUUGCACAAUACAGACAGGAGAUGUGUGAGGAGCAGGCUUAUAGAGAGGCUCUGAGGAAGAAGAACAUUGUUCCUUUUUUCCACCCAGAAAAUAUUCCAUUAUACCAGAACCUGCUACAGCACCAUACAUCAGACAUGAUGAGGAAUCUAUCCAUGGAUCUCCCUCCGAUCCCCAAGUCAGACAGUGGCGAGGCCUUCCUGAAAGAUGCCCCACAAGAGAACACUCCACGACCCUUAAACCCAACACCCUCUCAAUCUGCAAGUCAUGCAGCAGGAAGUGACAGGAUGCUUGCAAAAAGACCCACCAACCCCACGCCUCAGACUGCCGGUGAAAGCAGUCUGAAGGGUUCAUCUGGGCAACAUAAGUCAGUCCAGGUGGAUGUGACUGGAAAGCCCAGGAGGACUAAAGUCAGACUACCAACCUCGAUCCUCAGCUCUAAACCCUGCAGCAAACCAAAUCAACAGUUCCUGUCAGUGGAAGAGCCAGUGAGGAGGAAGUGUCGAACUAUUUCUCUGACCGACCCAAAUGUCAUAGUGAGGGGAUUCCAGCUCGUGCCGUCCAGGGUUGACUUUGGUGCACUACAGGAGGGCACCUCCUCGGCCAUCACUGUGGUGAUGAAGAAUGUGGGUGUUGACACCUGCAGGUUCCAUGUGAAACAGCCUCCUCCUGCUACAGGCCUCCGGGUCAUCUACAAUCCUGGGCCUGUGGCUGCCGGUUUGCAUGUUGAACUGCAGGUUCAGCUGUUGGCUGUGUGUGCAGUCCAAGCAGGAGAGGUAGAGCCAAAGAAGUACAUCUCCCAGGAUAUUAUCAUCCACACUGAGACAGACAUCUUCUACCUGCCUGUCACUGCUACCAUCCUUCCUGAGAGAUUAUAUGACAUUUGGCUCAAGGACCACACCAGUGCACACAACAAGAAAGGCUCCAGGGUACGUCAACUGUCUUCCAGCCUCCCAGUGGGACGGGGGGCUGUACAACCCCACAGACCCAGUACCAUCCUGACCAGUCCCUCUGCAAGCACGGGGCACCCUAGUCCAUGAGGAAUACCCAUCACCAAUCUCUGAUCAGAUUUCACAUCAUUCAAGUCUUCAUUCUAUCAUCAUCCUACCACAUUCCUCUGUUUUAUUCCACAAAAAUGAAAUAUUUUAGUGGAUUUUUAUAUCUUCCUCUGUUCCAAAUAAAAUCUUUAUCAACACUGAAA